UUCGAUGUCAGAGGAAUGCUGACUGUAGCAAUAUUACCGAAUUUCAUAAAUGAACAAAAGAUCUAUUCUUAUAGUUUUUUGGCUGAAUAAUUCAUCAUCACGUACCUUGAUUACAAUUAUGGAAUCUAUCAUAAUUUAAUAAUAUUUUUAAGCUUUUACAUUUUUGAUUCGUAAAACCAUAAGUACAACAUAAUAAUUAUUAAAUUAGCACAAAAUAAUUAACACUUUUGUAUAUUCCAUUAUUGAUAUAUGCAUUUGAAGCCCAAACAGAAAUUUACAUCUAUACAUAUAUUGUUAUUAGUUUAGUAUAUUUAGCAUUACUUAUAAUUGAAUAGGAGAAACAAGUUAUAUAUUUAAGAUAUAUAUUAGUGGUUGUUGGACUGUUUAUAACAUAGAAGUGGUAUAAAGUUUAAAUAUUUAGGUAUUACAAAUUGUUAUUAAUGCUAUUUUUAUUUGAUACCGAAAUGAAUUUCAACAUUAAAAUUUAUGUCUAAGCUUUUGCAGGAAAAUAGAUAUUUGAUUUGCUUGUAUCAUACUCACCUUUUCUUUUGUACCAGUUAUUUCAAUAUAAGUACUUUCUAGAAAAUUUCAAUAUUACAGUAUGUCUAUUAAGUAUAGUUACAUUGUUGAUUACUUAACAUAUUCAUCAGUAGAAUUUAAUAUUCUCUCGUCUUUUGUAGAUAUAUGUAAAAAGAAUUAAUAAAUAAUCAAGCUUCUAUCUUUACCCAUAUGGCCAGUAUUGUUAUAUUAUGA